AUAAACCCUUCGUCCCUCUUCUCCUUCUGCUCACUAACGGCACCAGCUCGUCUUCUCCAAUCAAUCCAGGAAAUAAAGAGGGCAUCAUAAUAAUCUCCUUUUGAGUAAAUAUGACUAAGACUAAGAAAAAGAGUAUGAUGGAUAUGCAAAAGCUUCAAGAAAAGGACCCAGAAUUCUACGAGUUUUUGAAAGAGCAUGAUAAGGAUCUUCUACAUUUCGAGUCCGAUGAUGACAUUGACGAGGAAAUCGAUGAUGAGGUUGCUGAGAGGGAUGAUGAGGAUGAAGAUGACGAUGAUACGGGUGCUGAUGAUGAUGUGUUAAAGAAGAAGAAGAAAAAAGUUGAAAAGCCACAAACACAGGAGAAAAAGGUUAUUACCGUUGAGAUGGUUAAUAACUGGAUUGCAUUGGUUCGAGAAGGUAAAAAGAUAAGUGCAGUCUAUUCUAUUAUGCGAGCUUAUCGUACAGCAUGUCAUUACGGAGAUGAGGGUGAAAAUGAGUCACCGGAAAAGUAUAGGAUUAUGUCGGGUACUGUUUUCAACAAGAUAUUGCAGUUUGUUUUGAGUGAAAUCGAUGGAAUUCUUCGAGGAUUGCUUGAGAUGCCUGCUUCAGGAGGAAAGAAAGAAACUAUAGUGCAACAUAUGAGCACUAAAAAAUGGAAGACCUAUAACCAUCUAGUGAAGUCAUAUCUGGGUAAUUCUCUCCAUGUCUUGAACCAAAUGACCGACUCUGAGAUGAUCGCUUUCACUUUACGACGUCUUAAAUAUUCAGCUGUAUUUUUGGCUGCUUUUCCCACCCUCCUUAGGAAGUAUAUGAAGGUUUCCCUUCAUUUCUGGGGAACAGGAGGAGGUGCCCUUCCAAUUGUUUCCUUUCUUUUUAUAAGAGACCUGUGUGUUCGUCUUGGUUCUGAUUGUAUGGACGAGUGCUUUAAAGGUAUGUACAAGGCUUAUGUUAUGAACUGCCAGUUUGUGAAUGCGGCGAAAUUGCAGCAUAUUCAGUUCCUCGGCAACUGUGUUGUUGAACUUUAUGGGGUGGACUUGUCAACUGCGUAUCAGCAUGCAUUUGUUUUCAUUAGGCAGCUGGCGAUGAUUUUGAGGGAUGCGCUUAGCACAAAAACUAAGGAAGCAUUUAGGAGGGUGUAUGAAUGGAAGUUCAUGAAUUGCCUUGAGCUUUGGACAAGUGUUGUCUGUGCAUACAGUUCCGAACCUGACUUCCGGCCCCUGGCUUAUCCGUUGACUCAAAUAAUUUUUGGGGUGACCCGUUUGGUUCCAACUGCAAGAUACUUUCCUCUAAGGUUACGAUGUGUUAAAAUGCUCAAUUGCAUUGCUGCUUCUUUGGGUACUUUCAUUCCUGUAUCUUUACCUCUACUAGAUAUGCUAGAGAUGAAGGAAUUGAAUAAGAAGCCUACUGGGGGUGUUGGAAAAGCUGUUGAUUUGCGUUCCACAUUGAAGGUGAGCAAGCCGAUUUUGAAAACCCGGGCAUUCCAAGAAGCGUGCGUCUUUUCUGUGAUGGAGGAGCUUGCUGAACAUUUAUCUCAAUGGAGCUAUUCCGUCGCAUUCUUUGAGUUGGCUUUUAUUCCUACUGUAAGGUUGCGAAGUUUUCUUAAAUCGACUAAUGUUGAGAGGUUUCGCAAAGAGACAAAGCAGCUUGUACGGGAGAUAGAGGCAAACUCCGAGUUCCUGAAUGCCAAACGUGCAACUAUUUCAUUUUUACCCAACGACCUCGCUGCAGAAUCUUUUCUUGAGGUUGAGAAGGAGAAGAAGGUUAGUCCUCUGUCACAAUAUGUCGUUGCUUUGCGUCAGAGAGCACAAGAAAGACAAGACACGCUCGCAGAAUCCAGUGUUACUGUUGGAGCACACUCAUCUGUGUUUGGCAAGAAAAAAUCAGAUAUUGAUGAAGACGACGAUAGCGAUGGGGAUGCAGAAGAAGGUCCUAAGGUCUUUAGCUCAUCCUGGUUACCUGGAGGCGAUUCUAAGACUAAAGAACCUAAAGGAGAUAAGAAGACAAAGAAGAAGAAGAAGCAGCAGGAGGAAGUGGCGAUAGACGAGGAUAUUGUUGGUGAUUUAGUCAUAAGUUCUGACGAUGAAGAAGAAGAGAGAUCCGCAAGUGAUUCAUCUUCUGAUGAGCGCGAGAAGAAAGCAAAGCCAGCGACCCGCAAACAAGGAAGUAAGAAACGAAAAAUGUCUUCAAACUCAUCAAAAAAAGGUCGAUUCAAAACCAAAAAAUCAAAGAGCAGCUGAAGCACUAAUCAUUAAGGUGCGAAAAGAGGGUGGUCCUUGGCCAGUGGCUACAUUUAGUUUUGACUGUUCAGUAGUUCCUCCUCGUGUUGAGUUGUAUAGAAAGUUUUGAUGGCUGAUGACUAGUGGCAGGUAGUUAUGUUUAGCGGCCUCUGCCGCCAUGAAACAACAAAUUUUUUGUAUCUUUUGCUAGUACCUUGUAUUUCUCACCAUGAAUGUGGUGAUUGAGUGAUAAAUCUUAUUAAUGUGAGAAUUUUGUAUUUCGUUGAA